CCACACCACCACCAACCACACCACAACCACCAACCACACAACCAACGACCCCGACAUUCUGUCAUCUGCCGAUGCCGAAUUGGCCACGCCGCCCCACGCCACCUCACAUGCCUCCGUGGAGUUCCAGGACAUGUUUGGUCUUUCCGACAGCCAGGAUGUCCCGCUGUUCUCACAGGACGUCCCUCCGUCGCUGCUCGCGGGCUCCUGUCCCAGCGAUCUGUUCCCGAUGCAUCUGGGUGAUCUGGACCAUCCCUUGUCGGUCGGACCGAGCUCGUACGAUUCCGUUCCUCCGUCGAGCCACGCGCUGUGGUCGGUCGAUCUGUUCCACCCGGCCGACCUGUCGUCGCCAAGUGACGGAAGCAUUGCAUCCGAGUUCCUGUCGCUCGACAACCUGAGUACUGACGGGGCCGACUUUCUCGCCUCGCUGUCGCCGCCAAGCGCCGCCGCUCUGUUCCCGCCCACCCACCAGCAUGCCUCCACCAGCACCACCACCGCCAUCGCAAGCACCGACCGUCUGCCAUCGACACUUGCACUCGGUCCCACGGGUCUCCCUGUCCCGACCCAGGGGCUGUUGGCCUCGGGCUUGGCCCUGUCGCCGUUCUCAUCGACAGUCACUCCUCCCGCAACCACGCCGACCUUCAGCCCACUGCUGGACCUGCUCACUCCUCCCCCAGACGUGCUCACUCCGGGGUCGCCGGCCGCCUUGCUGCCGUGCACUCCGUUCUCUUCGUUCUCGCACCCGUCGUCCACGACACUGCCAUUUGCAGCACUGCCGCUUGCAGCACCAACCUACGCACCGUUCUCAUUCUCACCGCAACCGCCCGCCACACUCUCCACGCCUCCACAGACAACCCUCUCGACAGCCGCUCUGGCUGUGACCCACUCACUCUCUCCCCUCUCUCCUCUCACAGGUGGACUUGGCGAGCCGACAGCGCUCCCAACACCCGAGUCUCUGCCAUGGCCGUCCAUGUGUCGUCAGCGUCCGCCGUCUGCGUGUCCGCCGCGUCCGUCGCAAGCUCCUCGCUCACCGCGCCGGUCCGUGCCGCCCCGGCCGCCGACUUCACAGCAACUGACCACGGUCGUGGAUGUUGUGGCGGCGCAUCUCUGUCCCGCAGGCCACUGCGCGCAGGGAUGUGGUCGCCUGUGUCAGUGUCGGCGGUGCGGGGCCGAUGGUCUCGCUGACGUUGCUCGUAUUGGCCGUGCCGCCUCCCGGGGCCGCAUCGCCCGUAUCAGCGACCGACUCGGCGCCAUCGGAACGAGCAGGGCCAGUGUGGUUGUCCAUGGCGAUGGAUGCAUGUUGAGCGACGGCGCGGCGCACGCAGAUGUCACGGACGCCGAUACCCACACUGACGACAAUCACGACGACGACGACGACGACCACAGCGUCGACGGUCGUGGCUCUGACGGGGUGUCCCUGCCGCGGAGUCCACCCUGCUCUCCCGCCGAGGCAAUGCUGGCGUGGAUGUCUCGAUCGCCCCCGGGCAGCUGGCCUGGUGCCCCUCCAGCCUCUCGCCUCCACUUGUGGACGGCGGCGACGUUGGGGUCGCUCUUGGCGGCGCUGGUGGGUCGGUCGUUGACUCUGGCCGGGGACUCGACAGCACCCCGGCCUGUGACGGCAUCCCGUUCCUGUCGUCGGCUCUAUUCCCAGCCAGCGACCACACCCUUGCCGUCCUCGGCCACAUCCUCAACAACACCUUCAACACCACUCUCGACGACGCUCUCCGCAGCGUUCCCAACAACAACCUCCUCAGCACCCUUCUCAUCAACAACAUCAGCAACAACACCAACAACACCGACAGCGACAUCAGCAACAUCGACAACAUCAGCAGCAGCGACCCUGUCUUUGGCAGCCUCGGUCUCGCCGUGGCACCUCAUGGUGUCGAUGGUGCAGAUCUGGGUGUCGGUUCUGUCGCUGGUCUUUGCGGCAGCCGGUGAAGGGCGACCCAGCAACGGGCUGCCCGACGACGGCAGCAGCCUGGACCUGGCGAUGUGGACCGACGGAAUCAUCCACGCCCUCCACACCUCCCUCUCGGCGCCGGCCCUCUCGACCAUCCUCGUAUCGCCUCCUCCGUGCCUCUCUCCGCUGACGGUGGUCCGGGCCAUGCGGGUCCUCGAGGCAGCCGGCACACGCAGCAUCCUGAUCGGGUCUUGACGACACCCCGCAGGUCCAAGCAAGGCCCAAGUACAAUCGCCAGCGAUCGCUCGCACCCAGACUUCACUUCAUGUACAUAUUUCAUUCUCGCGAAGCUCGUGCGGACGCAGCAACCAGGCAACAUCUCCAAGCUCCUCUGGCCCGCUGGACACAUUGUCCCCGUCGAUCUCUGGACGACAGCGACACAGCUCCAGCCAAUGAAGCAUCCUCGUUGGCUGGUCGCCCACACCACCACCACCACCACCACCACCAGCAGCAGCAGCACUUGCACCGCCGACCUUCACUUUUUGGAUACACAUCUGCCCGGACCCUGACACGGUUGU